GGAGGUGGAAACAGGCACUUGGGGAGAAGCGCCUAUGUGGUCUUCAGUCAGAACCUAAAGUCAAAUCUUUUCUGCAAGGAUAGAAAUCUAACUCUUCAAAGCAGAACAUCUUUCCAGAAAAAGAACGGAAGGUAGAUAAAGGUCACCUACAACACAAAGAGACAGAAAGGAAAGGAAAACUACAAAACAGAGCCGAGCACAGCUAAGUGAAGAGAUGGGAGAGGAAAAGGGCAGUUCUCAGACUACAGGAUACUGUUAAUUUUAAUAACGUGGACAUAAAAGAUUUUGUUUGCACACAGGGAGAGGUUCUGCUCUUGGCUAGACAAAGCUCACUCUGUGUCCAUUCUAAAGCUAUCACUCGACCAGCUCAUUUUUUGACUGUAGAUAAGCGUGAUUAUUUGGUAAAUAACUCGUGACUUCAACAGGUCAUUACAUCCUGAGGCAAGAAGGUAUAAAGCUGCAGGAGCCUGGGACCACUCAGGCUGAAGAAGGCAGAGUUCUCAGAGUGUUGGUUCCAACCAGAUCUAAAAGAUACCAGAGACUUUAAGGGCAAACUGGAAAGAGCUCUGAGGGCCUUGGAAUUAAAGCAUCGAAGUGUCAUCUCCAGGGAAAGACAAAAUGGCUCCCAAAGGUGUUUGGCUGUUCCUCCUGAUGAGCUGUGUAACUGGACCUGAAGUCCUGAGUGCUGUCUUGAGACCCAGCUGUCGUCCAGGAUGGUUUCUCUACAAGUCCCAUUGCUAUGGAUACUUCCGGAAGCUGAGAAGCUGGUCUCAGGCUGAGCUGAAGUGUCAGUCAUAUGGACAUGGAUCCCAUCUGGCAUCCGUCUUGAAUAAAAAGGAAGGCCAAGUCAUAGCAAGGUUCAUAUUUGGCUAUCAAAGAAACCUGCCUGUGUGGAUUGGCCUGCAUGACCCAAAGAAGAAUCAGCUUUGGCAAUGGAUUGACGGGUCUACACAGCUGUACAAUGCCUGGAAUCCCACGACGAAGAGUGAAGCCAGGCACUGUGCUGAGCUGAACCCCAAGAAUAAAUUUUCAAAGUGGAACAAAAACAGAUGUGACGAGCGACAGCACUUCCUAUGCAAGUACAAGCCAUAGAGCAGGAAUCAAGCGUCUGCCAGCCUUGCGCAAGCUCCUUCGUCCUCCCUCUCACCUGGUGGCUGAUAUAAUCAUUAUCCCUGAGAGUAAACGCAGCAGCGAACACUGAUGAGGCCUCCAGAGCACUGACUGUCAGGCUCAGAGGGUUUAGCAUGGUGGGACAGUGACUUCCGGUCUCAGAGAUCUUAGCAUAGUGGGACAGUGGCUUCCGGUCUCAGUGUUCACGCUACAAUCCUUUCUAAUAUUCCUCUUCCCUUGGGCUGUCUCCAACAAGUAGAAAUGUGCUUCCUGACCACUGGGUCUUUGUCAUACCAGUAAAGUUUUGGAGCCAAG